GGUGGAUUGGAAGCUUGAAACUGAACCGGUAAGAAAGGAAUCUGAUUUCUGCGAGCUUUUUUCAGCUGCUUUGCUUCUUGCUGGGCUGGCUACUACUACUAGUCUGCUUCUGCUAGACUACUACUGAGCACUGAACUGUUUUGUCGUCUGAAAGGGCGGGGAAGAAUCAGGUGAGGUCGAGCUCAGUGGUGCGAGUGGAGGAAUUGGUUUGGUUGACGUUUCGGUUUGAUUCAAUAAAGCCGGCCAGCCCCAGUGAGGCCCAAAUAGGUGGGCUGGCCCAUUGAUGUCAAUAAUUAGAAAGCGCAUAAAAAAUUAUUUAAAAAUACCAUCGUGGAGUGUUUACUUGGCAUACCAUUGCCGCGAACCUUCUAAGUUCUAUCCUUGCCAUCAUCGCAUGCCUGCCACUCCGCCAUUGUUAAUCAAUUCCCUGACCCAAAACAUAAAAACCUCAAAUUCCAUUAUCGGCCAAAAAAGCUUCUUCACUUUCCUCCGCUCCCCUUUAACCCUUCCUUUUCUUCCCCUUUCACGGAAGACCAACACCAAGAAACAAGAAAGUCUCGAUUCCGGAAUCCGAUUCAGAUCCGCCUUUGCAGAAUCUCCCGGUUUGCUACUGAUCUACUCAACACAAAUAAUCCACUGUGGCAGACUGAUACUUCCACGCAUCAAGUUUCUUAGACGAUGCUACACCAUCUCCCUCCUCUCCGACCUGCUUCGUAAACAGAGGUCAGGAUAAAUGUACGAAACCUAGGUCUCCUAUAAUAAUCUCGAGGAAUGCCGGUUGGGUUUUAUCAAUCCAUCGGUCAUCAUUUUCCGAUCAGUGGAUUGCAGUUGAUUGUCGGCGAAGCUACCAUAGCCAAUUUCGGCAUUCUGCCAAAAUUGGAGCUGUGGCCCGCUAGUUCUGUAUUUAAGCAGUAAUAACGUUUCUGACAGGAGAGACAAAAGGGGAAAGAGAAAUAUUAGGCGCAAAAAAGGAACUUUAACCGAUAAGAAAUCGGUGAGGGGUAGAGAAAGGAAGCCGAGUUACGUGAGCGAGUCUAGCAGCCAGCAGCCUCUUGAAGAGAGUCAUUCUUUGUUGCUAAAGUAUUGUGAAUUUUUCAUGGGAGCAAAGAACUCGAGGGAAGGGAGCUGGAGGUCGGAUUCCUCGUCUGCGGCGGCAUCUUCAUGGGAUUAUGUUCAACAACCUUAUUAUGGGCAGCCGUAUGGUCAAGAUGGCUAUGGAUAUGGCUAUCCGCCACCCCAGCAACCUCCCACACAGCCAAACUAUCCACCGCCAGCUCAAGUUGGAGGUGGUGAUAGAAGGCGGCUUGAUAGAAAGUAUUCGAUAAUUGCCGAUGACUAUAAAUCCUUGGACCAGGUGACUGAAGCUCUUGCACGUGCUGGACUUGAAUCAUCAAAUCUCAUUGUUGGAAUUGACUUUACGAAGAGCAACGAGUGGACGGGUGCAAAGUCUUACAACAGAAAAAGUUUGCAUCACAUUGGAGAUACCUUGAAUCCCUACGAGCAAGCAAUUUCUAUUAUUGGGAAGACUUUAGCUGCCUUUGAUGAGGACAACUUGAUUCCCUGCUACGGAUUUGGAGACGCUACGACACACGAUCAGGAUGUCUUCAGUUUCUAUCAGGAUGAGAGGUUCUGUAAUGGAUUUGAAGAAGUUUUAGGCCGAUACAGAGAAAUUGUUCCAAGCCUGAGACUUGCAGGUCCGACUUCAUUUGCACCCGUCAUUGAGAAGGCAAUGACUAUUGUUGAGGAGAGUGGUGGCCAGUAUCAUGUAUUGUUGAUAAUAGCAGAUGGGCAGGUUACUAGAAGUGUUGACACUGAGCAUGGGCGGCUAAGUCCACAGGAGCAGAAGACAGUUGAUGCCAUUGUACAAGCCAGCAAGCUUCCCUUGUCUAUUGUUUUGGUAGGGGUUGGGGAUGGCCCAUGGGACACGAUGAAGGAGUUUGAUGAUAACAUCCCUGCUAGAGAGUUUGAUAAUUUCCAGUUUGUAAAUUUCACGGAGAUUAUGUUGAAGAACGUGGACCAAUCCCGCAAGGAGACACAGUUUGCACUUUCUGCUCUCAUGGAAAUUCCUCCUCAAUACAAGGCAACGAUGGAGCUUGGUUUAUUGGGGUAACGGCUCAGCUACUUCUUUGCUUCUCUGUUUGGCAGGAUUAAUUCUUAUCUUCCUAUAUAUGAGCUUCUUCUUUCCUUUUGUCCGCUCGGGCAUACAUGAGUGUAUUUUGAGUUAAAGAUCACGACUUCAUGGACUGAGUUGGGAAAGCCUCUACCGGAAUCCCCUCAAUGAGACACCUUCGUAGAAAGGGAAAUAUUCCUCAGAGGGUUGCACUCCCACCUCCUGUCUAUGGGUCCUCAUCCUUUAGUAACUCCAAAUCUUUCCAGUCUACUACCAGCUCCAAAUCUUUCCAGCCUACUACCAGCUUUAAUCCUACUGUACCGGUUUAUGAACCAGACACCCAUCCGAUCAGCUCAGCACCGCCAGUCACAAGUUCAACCUACGAAAACCAGCUUUGCCCUAUCUGCCUCAGCAACGCGAAGGACCUGGCAUUCGGCUGUGGGCACCAAACAUGUCGCGAGUGUGGCGAAAACGCAAACCUUCAACUGUGCCCUAUCUGCCGGACUCCAAUCAGCACAAGGAUAAAGCUCUAUUAAACCGUGGGACGAAGGAUGAAGGGUUUGCCUGCCUUUUGUAACUAAUGUGUGGCUUUCUCCAGUAAUACUACAAUUCGUUUAUUCAAUGUUAUUAUUUUGGAUCUGCUGGUUUCAGUUGUAGGCUUGAAAUUUGUACAUACAGAAAUGGAAAACCAUUUUUCUCCAGUUUCAAGAUCUCUAACGCCCAAUUUGGUUCCCCUUCUUAUGAGUACUAUUUUCUGAAUGAAUAUAAACAGAUAGAAGCUUAAAAACCAGCGAGAGAGCAGG